UCUCUCUCCACUUCACCUCUGGUAAAUCACAGACAAGUGACUGUCAGGGAAUUUAUUAACAGUGGCAAAUUCUCUUUGUUUCAUGCUUCAUCUGAUUCUUCCUGGAUAAGGCCUUCAACUGACAAUAACAUUUGCCACAAUUAUCUUAAAAGCUCUAAAGGAACUGAAGCUGUGAGACGGGAGAAAAUCUGAAAAUCAGGAGGAUGAAGAGAAUGGCUAUAGAGCACCAGAACAGUCGGGGACUAGUUCCUCAGGAGGAACUGCAACCAUGAAUGAAGAAAGCAUAGAUGGAACAAAUGGAUGCAGUAAAGUCAGAACCGGUACUCAGAAUGAGGCAGCAUUACUUGCUUUGAUGGAAAAGACUGGUUACAACAUGGUUCAAGAGAAUGGGCAAAGAAAAUUUGGUGGUCCUCCUCCAGGUUGGGAAGGUCCCCCUCCACCUAGAGGCUGUGAAGUUUUUGUAGGGAAAAUACCUCGUGAUAUGUAUGAAGAUGAGUUAGUUCCUGUAUUUGAAAGAGCUGGAAAGAUAUAUGAAUUUCGACUUAUGAUGGAAUUUAGUGGUGAAAAUCGAGGGUAUGCUUUCGUGAUGUACACUACAAAAGAAGAGGCUCAGUUAGCCAUCAGAAUUCUUAAUAAUUAUGAGAUUCGACCAGGGAAGUUUAUUGGUGUGUGUGUAAGCUUGGAUAAUUGCAGAUUAUUUAUUGGAGCUAUUCCUAAGGAAAAGAAGAAAGAAGAAAUUUUGGAUGAAAUGAAGAAAGUUACAGAAGGAGUUGUAGAUGUCAUUGUUUAUCCAAGUGCAACUGAUAAAACCAAAAAUCGUGGUUUUGCAUUUGUUGAAUAUGAAUCUCACAGAGCUGCUGCUAUGGCUAGGAGAAAACUAAUUCCAGGUACCUUCCAACUAUGGGGCCAUACCAUUCAGGUAGAUUGGGCUGACCCAGAGAAAGAGGUUGAUGAGGAAACCAUGCAGAGAGUUAAAGUUCUCUAUGUAAGAAAUUUAAUGAUCUCAACUACAGAGGAGACUAUUAAAGCAGAAUUCAACAAAUUCAAACCUGGUGCAGUUGAACGAGUAAAGAAACUUAGAGAUUAUGCUUUUGUUCACUUUUUCAACCGAGAAGAUGCAGUGGCUGCUAUGUCUGUUAUGAAUGGAAAAUGCAUUGAUGGAGCAAGUAUUGAGGUAACACUGGCAAAACCAGUAAAUAAAGAAAACACUUGGAGACAGCAUCUUAAUGGUCAGAUUAGCCCUAAUUCUGAAAACCUGAUUGUGUUUUCUAACAAAGAAGAGAGCCACCCAAAAACUCUAGGCAAACCACCAACUCUUCCAGCUCGUCUCAAUGGUCAGCAUAGCCCAAGCCCCCCUGAAAUCGAAAGAUGCACUUAUCCAUUUUUUCCUGGAACAAAGCUUACUCCAAUUAGCAUGUAUUCUUUAAAAUCCAAUCAUUUCAAUUCUGCAGUAAUGCAUUUGGAUUAUUACUGCAACAAAAAUAAUUGGGCACCACCAGAAUAUUAUUUAUAUUCAACAACAAGUCAAGAUGGGAAAGUACUCUUGGUAUAUAAAAUUGUUAUUCCUGCUAUUGCAAAUGGAUCCCAGAGUUACUUUAUGCCAGACAAACUCUGUACUACAUUAGAAGAUGCAAAGGAACUGGCAGCCCAGUUUACAUUACUUCAUUUGGACAGGGAACACAAUCUCUUCAGCCUGGACCUAUGUAGAAGAAUUUGGAGAAAAUAAACAGGUCCUUACUGAUGUUGCUUGAGCUUAUUCUCCUGCAGUUGAUCUCAUUCCUGUUGGCUAAAUAUUAAGCCCCAUGACAACAUUAAGUUAAUGCUCAUAUGUUUUAGGCCUCAUCUAUAAUACCAGGAAAAUACAGAAAAGACUUGUACAUUAGAUUACCUAAUUCCUUUUCUUUCAUUCCCAGAAACACCAUGACUUUUAUAAAUAAUCAUCUUACAGUUAUUGUCAGACCCGUGGCCUAUUCUACCCCAAAGAACAUAGUUGAGUUUUUGGAAAGUACAGGAUUUACAGAUUUGGUCUUUAAUAUUCUUACACACAUAUAAACAUUACAAUUAAUGAAGCAGGAAAUUAUUGGUGCAUAAGAUGAAUGUUUAAUGUGGAAUAACUAUUUCAAAUAUAACUGGUUUUUUAAAAAUUUGUUUUUAAUUUUUGGAUUUUUCUAUGCUAUAAGUUGAUAAUGGUUUCUUGAAGUUUAUUUUAUAAACAUGAUUCAUUUUACUGUUUUAUGUACAAGUAGGAACUCUAAUGUUAAAUUGGUGUAUUGAGUUAUACAGAUGUUUAUAUUAGUAUUUAAAUAAUGAAAUAUUGGGCAGUUAGUUUACACCAAAUGUUUUUGCAGUCCAGGGGAGAAUGUUUCUGCUGAUUUGAUGCCUAAUACAGUUUCAAAAAGGAUAAGCAAAUAUGAAUUUGCUGUUUUUUUUUUUUAUCUUUUCUUCAUGGACUACCCCUUAGCAUCAGAACCAAAUUUAAAAGGAGGUGCAUUGUAGACAAGAGAAAUCAGAGGUUCUCUUUUUUCUGUGAUCAAAAAUACACAAAACAAUGAAUAGAUAUACAAGUAAAAGAUACCCAAGAAUGCAUUCUAGUAAGACCUCUGAAGCCGUUGUUGUGUCAGUGAAAGAAACAAGACUGACUGUAAUAAAACUAUCAGGAUUUGCAAUUUAGUGAAUGCUGAAACACUCUUUACUAGCAAAAUAGUAUUAGUACGAUUUUGAAUGUUAGAACAUUAUGUUAAACUGUGAUUAUGGUUUUAAUGCUUUGUCUCUUUGAAUUAAAUUUGUAUCCAUAAAGAUGUGCAGCAUAAUUG